CCGAGAGGGAGAAGGACCGGGCGCACAAAGGAAGUGCACGUUCAGAUCAUUUUUGAAGGCAUAUAAUUGGGUGGAUGAUGUAAACAUGGGAUGGAAAGGCAAGCAUCCCCCCUACCACCGCCACCCCUUUUUUUAAUCCCAUUACAUUUGCCCAUUAAGGGCGUUCAAUAAUAAAUGGGGUGGUGGCUACAAACCGCGCGUCUGUCUCUACACACAACGGAAGACAGCAGCCAAGAGUGGAGGAAAGGAAAGAGGAGUUGCGCUUUGUUUCGUCCUUGCGUGGCUUCGGGGUUUUUGGAGUUGUCCACAGAAACGUCAUGUUGGGUCGUCUAAGCUCACCAAAUAAACGAACGGAGAUUACAUAUUUCAAUUUUUUAUUUUAUUCCAUCUGAUUUUGGACUGAAAAUGACAAAAGAAGAACAACAUGUUGCCUUUGUGACGCAGACUCGUCUCUAUGGGUGAGGCCCACUGAUCCAGGAAUUCCUGCACACCCCCAUCCUUCCCUUCACCCUUUCUAGCCCCUUUCAAGACAGUCACCAUGACAUCCACCAGCCAGUUGCUGGGUUUGGCGGAGAUGGGGCUUAAGUGUGACCAGGAGAUUGAGAGGAGAUAUGAGAUUGUGCCCUCUGUGGUCUGCUCCAUGUGCUGCCUCUUUGGGAUCAUCUACUGUUUCUUUGGCUACAGAUGCUUCAAGGCCGUGUUGUUCCUGACAGGCCUAAUGUUUGGCUCCGUGGUCAUCUUCAUGUUGUGCUACAAGGAGAGGGUGAUGGACACUCAGCUGAGUGUAGAGGCGUCGGUGGGCAUCGGCCUUGGCAUUGGGACCCUGUGUGGCCUGGUGACCAUGUUGGUACGCAGUGUGGGGCUGUUCAUGGUCGGCCUGCUGCUGGGCCUGCUGGUUGGUGUGGCAUCACUAGUGGUCAUGGAGGAGUUUUAUCAUCCCAAAACAGUGUGGGUUCCUCUGGGGAUUCUUCUGGGCUCUGGAACCCUGUUUGCUGUCUUCACUCUUCAGUGGCAGCGCUGCUUCGUCACCUUCUCUACGGCAACGUUCGGCUCUGCUAUCAUCACUGUCACGGUGGAUUAUUUUAUUGAGCUGUUUGCUUUGGUGCACUACAUCUAUGACAGACUCAAGGUUGCACCAAAGAAGCCAGUGUGCUGGUUUACAUGGGUUAUCUUGGGGGUCUGGCCUGUCCUGACCCUCCUUGGAGUUCUGAUCCAGUGGAAAGUUACUGCAGAGGGAUUUUCUCACACAGAAGUGGUUCUGAGCCGACAGCAGCGGAGGGUCCAGCUCAUGCGGAUCAGACAGAGGGAAGAGAGGCUGAAAAAAGAGAAGGAGAACAAGAAGAAGAAAAAACGACAGAGCCAGAAGACUGUCCUCAAGCCGAAAACUCACACCCAUCUCCACCACCACCAGCAGUACCACCACCCGACAGCCUCCCACCCUCACCAGAGCUCUCAGCCACCUAAAGUCCCUCCUCCUUCCCAGACAGAACCUGGCUACCACCGGAAACCCAAUCCCAAAAGACGCUUUGAUGGCGAUGUGCUGUCUCCGAGCUACAUCAGGAGUUUCAGGGACCGACAGACGGACCGACGGCCGUACUCUCUCAACAGAAUGAGCCGCUCUCGAAUGGCUCAGCUGGACUACGAUUGUGGCUCUCAGGUGCCUCUCACAGCUCCCUCUGGACCUGCAGUUCACAUCUGAAGGAGUACAUGCACAUGAUCCCAACCUACUUCAAAAAAGUUGCCACAGGGAAAACAACCCUGACCUGGCUGUGCCAACUUUCUCAACAACCUGUUAAUCUGACAGGAGCCGAAGGUUGGAUCAACAGUGUUUUUGUUUUCUCACAGAAAAUGACGUUAUAGCCUUUGUUUUGUUCCUGAGUUAUUUCACAUCUCAGAACACUGGCAAGUUGGACCCAUUUUACAUGUAAUUAAGUCAUCUGUUAUAAUAAUUUCCAAUAGGGUGAUGAAAAAAUCAGAACACUGAACUCUGCAGGCGUAUUGAACCCUUUCCAAUAAAGUGGCAUCACAUCCUUCACAGGAAAUGCCUUUUAUCUUUACCUUCACAGCCACCUUCAACUUAAAGGUUAUUAAAGGAUGAUACACUUCACUUCAAAGAUUCUCUGAAGAGUACUUGGAGGUAAAUGCUGGGAAACAUAAAGCAAAAAGAGACUUGGCAGACACUGGGCUUGUUUUUUAUUUGAAAGGUCUCUGUGUAAUAUAUGAAGUUGGCCUUGCAUAAUUCCAUGAGAACCUUUAAAUCAUGAUAUGGCAGCACAAGGCCUGUGCUACUUCAAAGUUGGACCAGUUUGGUGUGUGAAUCGAAAUUUAUCGAUUCAAACCAAAGACAUUCCCUUUUUUUCCCCCUCAGACGUCAGUGUCAUUUGCUGCAUCGCUGCCAUUUUCCAAAGGGAGUUUGUUUACAUCUCAUCACUGCCCUUGUAGCCUUGAUCCACACUGUUUCCAUCUGAAGACUUGAAGAGGACAUGCACCUUCUCCUUCCUGAAUUUAAAUCAUUUGUAUGCAAUGCAAUACUUUGGGUUUCCACGUGUCUAAGUGCGAUCAAGUCCUCUUUUUGCCUGUUUUUACACCAAUGUGGUUUAAAGCUGCUGAUAUGGCCGUGCAGGAAUUUGACUGUAUGCAUGAGUGGACACAUCAGCCCCACGGCUGCUGGAUUGCACAACAUAUUAGCAAAAUUGAAGAGGACUCAUUUAAAUGCAAGACAAGCAUGCUGUCUACCCCAACUUCGUUUGCCAAUGCACUACUAUGCUUGAAAAUAAUUAACUUCUUCAGUUUCUAUGACAUGUUUGUGGCAAAGCGGAUGCUUAAAACCAAGAGUAUCUCAUCUGAAAAGAAGGUGAGAAGAUGAAAGCAUUUGCAAACGGCACCCUAUAAUGUCUGCUGUUGGACCUGUCUCCUGGACUGUCUGUGUGUGCAUUGGCGUGCACAUGAAUUUUCAUGUUGCUGUCUUUGAAAUUCAGAUGCGCUUCUUGCAUCAAUAUUUUGAUACCAACAUCCAACAGCAUACUCUUUUCUAAACAGUAGGGUGGUAAUUUGAGCCUUAUGCAGGAUUCAAGGUGUUUAAUCUUAAACUACAAAUGUGACGAGGAGGAAAAGAUAAAAAGACAAAGUCGCUAACGAAACAUUUUGAAGUUUAAACGGCAAAAACACUUAACUUGCUUCGACACCUGUAAUCAAUGUGGCUACUUGGAGUUACCAACAUUUGCAGGACCAAUCAUUUACGUCAAACUCCAUUACUGCAUGACAAUAUUUGUGACGUGUCCUUUGUAUUGUGUUGUGUCGUCAGAUUUCCAAUCUGUUGCUCCCAGGGUGCAUAAAAACCUCAUCUAUUCUCCUUUAUCUGUUUACUUAGUAAAAGCCUUGAAAAGGACAUGUUUAGCCACUUUCUGCUCUGCUUUGCUGUAUCAUCCUGACGGUCUUUCACAGUGUAGAGGAUGUACAAGUUUUUAUUUUUUUAUUUUUUGCUUAUACCUCGGUCCUUUGAUGGUUUUCUUUUGUGUUUUACUGUAGUGCAGUUGUAACAUCUUUAGUGUUUACUGGGAAACAAAAUGUCAUCUCUAAAUAACGGCUCCAGUCUAGCUUGUAAUUCAGAAGCAAAGCUAAUUAUCCUUACACUGAUCCUGUUUUUACCAUCAAACAUGUUAACAAUGUAUGUUGUUAUUUUGUAGAUACUGACUUGUAAAUACAAUUUUAAUGUGCAAAAGUUUAGAUCAAUUUUCAUGUUUAUGCCAUGAUAUUGUAUUUCCUUUAUGCAGAUUGUUGUUUUCUAAUGCCAUGCUGUGAUGCUACUGUAUGUAUUUCAUUUUGUCCUGCUAUUUGAACAAGUGAUGAUGAAAAUCAACAGAAAAGCUCAA